AUGGGGGCCCAGAGGGCCCAGAAGAGUAUAAAGGUGAUGUGAAGGGUGCCCGACACAGCCAGACACCCAGUCACAGGCGAGAGCCCUGGGAUGUGCCGGCCACAGGCCAUGCUGCUGCUGCUCACGCUUGCCCUCCUGGGGGGCCCCACCUGGGCAGGGAAGAUGUACGGCCCUGGAGGAGGCAAGUAUUUCACCACCACUGAAGACUACGACCAUGAAAUCACAGCGCUGCGGGUGUCUGUGGGUCUUCUCCUGGUGAAAAGUGUCCAGGUGAAACUUGGAGACACCUGGGACGUGAAACAGGGCGCCUCAGGUGGGAAUACCCAGGAAGUCACCCUGCAGCCAGGCGAAUACAUCACAAAAAUCUUUGUUGCCUUCCAAGCUUUCCUCCGGGGUAUGGUUGUGUACACCAGCAAGGACCGCACUUUCUAUUUUGGGAAGCUCGAUGGCCAGAUCUUCUCUGCCUACCCCAGCCAAGAGGGGCAGGUGCUGGUGGGCAUCUAUGGCCAGUAUGGACUCCUCGGCAUCAAGAGCAUUGGCUUUGAAUGGAAUUACCCCCUAGAGGAGCCGACCACUGAACCGCCAGUUAGUUUCACAUGA